CAUGUACUCAAAGGGUUUACUUGAACCAGUAGUAGCUGCAGAAUUAGUGACCACUAACAACUAAGCCCUCUUUUUGAGCUGUGGACAUAAAAUCCUUCUCAUGUCCAAAAGAAAGAUGCGUGUUAGUGUUCACAGGUGAAUCUCAAACUUGUUCACUUCAGUUUUCCCACGGAGCAACAUUGUGACUUGAAUCUGAACAACCCGGGGUUUUAUCUGCCAACUGGGUCACCACACGGCUCAAUUAUCCACGCAGGGCAACAACAAGAACACGCUGUGACCAGGACCAUCCGCGCAUAUUGAGCAGGCUUUAUCGUCAUUUAUUCUCGCACAAAUCUCAGCAUUGAUCCAGAGGAAGUAAGUUUUAAUGGUUCUUUGGUUUCUAAUUUGUUGCAAAACCGGUUCAAUCUGAAACAGGACCGCCCAGUUUAAUCCCAUCUCGACGGGAUGUCAAACCCGGUUGAACGUGACACCCGAAAAUAUCUUCAAAACGUUUAGUAAAAAAACGGAAGCUUACCUCGUAAAACCCUCAGCGACUCUUCAGCAGGUUCAGGACGGUAGGAGAUGGGUUUUAAUGUGAAUUGACAGACAACAUGCACGCACUUUAGGGUUGCGUAUGCACGAAGUGAAUGUGGGAUUAUGGUUUAAUCCUGUGUGGGUUUUUUUUGAGCAUCCUGGGGGAGGCACCACGAGAGGAAUCCCCUCUGUCACUAAGUGAAGCCCUCCCUCCAUCCUCUGAAGAAACUGGUUGCAGCUCUCACUGCUGAAGUCCUAUCAUAAUGACAUAACAAUUUUAAAGGAAUUAGGACUGAAUCUUAAAGUGUAAGUGUAUAAUUGUCAAUACACUAGCCACAAAUAGGCAACAGCUAAAUCAGCUAUUGCUAACAUUAUGUGAGCUUUAAAUCAGUUCUUUUUUGUAAUUUUUGCCGAUUAGCAAAUAUGGUAAACGAGUUAAUAGGCUAAGCAAUGGAGAAGCGAUGCUAUUAGUAUCUGGCAUUGCUAACAUGUUGUAAGAAAGUAACUAGGGGAGACCGGGGCUUGUUGUCACAUGGGUAAAUUGUCACAUUGCACUUAUCUUUGCCACCAGAGGGCGCAACUAAAAAGUGGAAUACUAGUUUUCUUCCUUUACAUGGUCAGGGGUCGUGUCCAUAGACUGUAUAAAGAGUGGACAGCGUCUGCCUCCUCGCUGGGUGAAGCCACUCCGAGAACAGCCCCCUCUGUUGGCGGGCUGCAGUAUAGGACAUAAAUGUUAUCUAUGAUUGACACUUGAUACAGCCUAUGGGCGUACAAGGAUUGCGUAGCUCACCUUGGGGGUACGCUGUUUGAACUGAGCGUCAUCACAGCGACUCUCGGCAACUCUCCCGCCCAAUGCGUACAACGCUACUGUGCAAUGUUGGUUUCAGGAAAUGAAGAAAAAACGCAGAAAUACUGAACGCUUUUUGGCUUCAAAUCCGUAUACUGGCGGGAGGCGGAACCAAGUAGUCCAUAGUAUAUACAGUCUAUGGUCGUGUCCUGUCUGAGAAGAGAAGAGCACAUUGUGAGCUGAGAUGAGCGCCAAUUAACCAUUUCGCACAACCCAAAGUAAAAAAAAAAAUACUUUAUGUUUUUUAAAAUAAGCUUUUUCCAGAUAAAAAUCCCAGCAGUGAUACAUGUGGACUUGUUAGAGGAGAGAUUAAGGCGUCCUGUCAUACCUCAGCCAUUGUUCUGUUUUAAACUAACUUUAAUCUAGAGCUUUAAUCAGCAAACAUGGUGGUUUGGGGCAACAUGUCUCAGUCAUUUUGGGGUUAGUUGUCACAUGUUCAAAAAGGAUUAUUAUUAACAUAUACAGUAGAGUCUGUUUGACAUCUUACCCCAUAUAGUGAAACAACUUACCCAAUGGUGGGGCAACAUGUCACGUGUUCACACUCUCUAUUUGAUUGCUUAUAACUCUGCACUGACACAAGAUAUGGAAAUGUCAUGAAUAUGAAAUAUAUACCUGAGACUUUGGUCUUUCAUCUGGUACACAUUUUGUUUAUAUAUGAUGUACUGAUUCCAAGAAAUAUAUAAGCGUGUAAAAAGUGUGACAACAAGCCCCGGUCUCCCCUAAUUUUUUGCUAAUUAUCAAACGUGGUAAAUGAGUUAAUAGACCAAGUAAUGCAGAAGUGAUGCUUUUAAUAUCUGGCAUGGCUAAUUUGUUGUUAGAAAGUAAAUAUUAAAGAAAAAAAACAAUUUUGUAAAAUAUCAGAAUUUAGCCUUUAUGAGUAUUUUUUAAAUCCUAUAAUGAAUGACACUAUUGCUCACUCUAACACAGAGGAAGUCCCUUUUUUCAGAUGACUGCUGUAUUAGUUUGAAUGAACAGCCUGUUUAAUGUUUAAAUAAAGGCCACUUGGCAAUCACUCGCUUGCAAAAAGCCUCGGGCUCUGAUAUGGAGGCCAGAUAAAAGACCCUUCUUACUCUGUCAGACGUGUGUAGAAAUGGCGUGAGGAUUUAAACCACUCCCUUUUGCUCCAUUAAGUUCAUUCAGUCUUGGGGCUUUGUAAGUAGACAUAUAGCAAGAUCUCAGAGUAUGCUUUCCUGUAAUAAUCUUGCAAAUACAUCACAGUGGUAAUCAUAUGUGAGAAAUAAACAUGUUGUAUAUUUUAUGAAUAAGACAUUUAGCUAGAAAAACUGUUUGAGGAUUUGCUUCUGUACAGUGUUAUGAUUAUCUCCCGGCAUCUGGACAGAAGGAACAGUGCAAGUCUGACACUUCUGUGAAGGAAAGUAAACAAAAACACAACCUAAACAGAGAGUGGCUGUGCAUGUUAGAUAGAUAGAGAUGGACAUACAGAGAUAGGGAGAGAGCAAUUUCCUGAAUGAACAUGUUGUUUCCUCAGUCUGUGCCUGCUGUCAGCAUGCUCAGUGUGUAGAGGCCAACACAGUCACAGGCUUAUUAGAGAGUAAUUGGAGCACAAUAAUAUGUUAUCAGCUGACUGGUGAGUGUCCUCUAAGUUCAUGGAAUGGAUUGUAUUGGUAUGAAAGAAAUCACACAGAACCUAACCAGUGAAAUUUUGCAGUUUUACCUGCAACUUUAUAAAAAUUGUUGUUCCUGAAGUUCCAGAACUCAUAAACCAGAAGGUUUUGUCUCCCUUUCUUCUCUUCCCACAGGUCAGUAACAAAUGUUUGUAUAAGGCAGUGGUAUACUCAGGGAGUUUGUGGGGCAGGGGUGAAAAAAUGUUGGGUAUCUGACUCUUAAUUCUCCACAUUUUGGUGAAUACACAUGCAAAAGUUGUGCAUGAAAAUUUUAUAGACAGACACUGAAUUUUGAUAACACAUGAUUAUAAAAAAAAUAGGAGAUAUUAAUAAAGGGGCACCUGAUCACAUUUGCUUUGGAGGACAUUAAAUGGGCACUCUUUUAGUGAUUCACAUGCUAGAAGGAAAUUCAGAGGACAAUUUCCUACACUUUAUGGACUGGAUGGGCAUCCACAAGGCUAUUUGGCAUGUGCCACUUUGUAGAAAAGAGCAGUUUUCAUGCAUUUACCAUGGAAAGAACACGAAUUCACCUAAGUCAGGAGUAUCCAAAAGGCCCCUUUAACGCAAAUAGACUGUCAACACAAGGAGGGUUGACCCCAGCCCUAGUUUACACUAAUGUUAUAUGGCGUCCACGUCAUCUAGGUAUGUAAAGUUUAAGAAAAUUGGCAGUGACUAUAUCCGCUAAACAUUGUUUCAAAAUAAAAAAUUAAACAAGUUAGAGUUUAUGCAAAUACUUUAAAUUUUGUUUUGACAUAUACGUCGAUCGUGCAAAUUUUGUCUGUGAGCAUUCCUUAUGAGUAAAUAUAUUUACAUUCUGUAUAUUUACAAACUGCUGGGGCACUAAAGAAGACAGGUCGAAACAAACCACUGUCUGAUCGAACUUUAUUUUGAAAAGGCAAAAACGGAAGUUUCAUUUUUUUUUCGUAACAGCUUCAUUGCAUGACUUUUCAUUCAUGCCUCAUUACAUUGAGAAAAACUGCAAUUUUUGUGAAAUAUUAAGCAAAGUCGGUUUAAAGUUUCGACUUAAGACUUAAUAAAAUUCGGGCAGUAAGAUAGGAGUUAGGUUCAACAUUUCCGGGUUUGUGUGGAUGAAUCUGCGAGUUCACUUCAGGUGACGAGCUGGAGAGACUGUUUUCAGGUUGGUCUCCUGGAUCCAGAUAUUAACUUGACCAUGUUUAACAAUAAAGAGGGUGAAUCUGAGCCACGGAUCUACGGGUUUAUCCGGUCUGCAGCCGCAGCUUUGACCCACCUGGUCUGUAUCGUCUUCACUGUGUUUGUUACAGUUCUGUCUCGACCGGGUUCAAGUGAGUGCUCAACAGUUCAAAGAUCCUCAUGUCACUGGACUUAGUAGGUUUACAAUUGAUUAACUUUAACUCUUGUUUUAUUUUGAUUUUUUUCCAGGUUUGUUUUCCUGGCAUCCCUUCUUAAUGACACUAUCAGUAAGUUCAGAGUUUUAAACAAGUCUUUCAGUUUUGGAUCCUCAAAAAAUUAUAUGUUAGAGCUUUAACAGCCACUUGAACAAUUUGCAUAGCAACCUUAAAGAUAUAGGGGAAUAUUAUGUUGAUACAGUCCAUUGAUUGAUCAUUAAAGUCGUUCACAAAACAUAAUGGAAUAAAAGAAAAUUUGACUUGCUCAUGCUUCUUGUACAAAGACUUUAAAGGGAUAUUUUGGCGUAAAAUUAAUUUAGGGUCAUAACACUGAGCUAGACACCCCCUCGAGAGAUGAAUGUUGCCAACUGCUUGCUUCUCUAGUUAUACCAACUUUAGUAAUGACUGCAGAUAGCAAUACAGAAAGCCACAAGCUCAUCUCAACCAAAACGCCACUCUAUAGCCACAAAUAAUGCUCAGAACAGCACCUAACUUCAUCAACAGUACAUAUAGGGUCCUAGCCACAGCACUAGCCACCAAACAUCUUUUUAGCUUUGUCUAAUUUCUUUCGCAAAGAGACUAAACACAACUCACCCACUCUCCUCCAGCAGCCGCUUGUUUGUGGGGGGAGCCCUGACGAGUUGAUCACUGAGUGCAGUGGAGUUUCGCAGCUCAAGGAAGAACAUUUAUGAUCAUUUCCUCAUGGAAAUGCAAUCAGACCGAGAUGUUAAGGCAGAAGAACUACAGUGUCUGCAGUGCAAAAUGAUUAAUAUGGUGAUUAAUACUUCAAGGAAACGAUAAAGUAAUGAUCAUAAAUGUUCUUCCCUGAGCUGCGUCACUCCGCUGCAGUCGAUGGAUUUGCCUGGAGGUCUCCGUACAAACAAGUGGCUGCUGGAAGAGAGUAGGUGAGUUGUAUUUAGUCUCUUUGCUAAAGAAAUCAGGCGAAGGUAAAAAGAUGUUUGGUGGCUAGGGCUUUGGCUGGUACCCUAUAUGUACUGUUGAUGAAGUUAGGUGCUGUUCUGAGCAUUAUUUGUGGCUAUAGAGUGCCGUUUUGGUUGAAAUUUGUUUAUGGCUCCUCAGACCGCUGUGUAUUGCUAUCAUGCGGUCGUUACUAAAGUUGGUAUAACUAGAGAAGCAAGCGGUCGGCAACAUUCAUCUCUCAACGGGGUGUCUAACUCGGUAUUACGGUGUGUUUGACCCUAAAUCAAUUUUACGCCAAAAUAUCCCUUUAAAUAAGUCAUCUUGGUCUUGGGAGACUUUUGAAAACCAUGUGAAGUAAUGCUUCUUGACGCAUAAGAUGCUUCAUUAAUGAACUGAGAAAAACCAAGAGUUUACUUUCUCCUCUUUUCUUCUAGUUCUCCUUACUCAUGACAGAAGCCAUACUCCUUUUCUCACCUCAUGGCUCCCCCAUCAAAAAGCUGACUCACAAGACCAAAGGCCGUGUACACUGGAUCCUGCAGUGCCUCUGCGUUUCUUGUGCAGUCCUGGGUCUGGCAGUCAUCUUUUACAACAAACAUCUGAACAGUAAACCCCACUUCACCUCAUGGCACGGUUUUCUGGGCCUGCCCACAGUGUGUGUGGUGGUGCUUCAGUCUGGGGCAGCUGCGCCUCUUAUCUACCACUCUCUGGCCAAAGGCUGGUCCCUGGCCAAACUCAAACGCUACCAUGCAGCAUCGGGACUCAUCACAUACCUACUUGGCACCGCCAGCGUGCUCCUGGGUCUCUGCUCUGCCUGGUUCACUGGAUCUGUGGUGGGAUACUCCUGGUACCUGUCAGCACUGUGCCCUGUACUCACUGCCUCUGUUGUGAUGAACCAAGUCACUCGUGCUUACAUGGCGAAGAAACGGCUACAGUCUUGACAGAAGGCACAGUGUCCACAGUGUACAAACAAAGCAUGCAGUAAAUGUAAGAUUGCCAAAUAGAUAUUUUUUACUCACAUGAAACAGGCUGGAUGGGCAUUAAGGAAAGAAACAGAUUCCUGAAACUGUUAGCCAUUUUAAAAGUCUUAACAUUUCAUAGGCUCUUAAUUUUAUAUGAUAAUAAAACACUUUUCUGUCUUUUUUUUAAACUAUAUGGUGACUACCACUGAGGUCAAUGUGGACAUGUCAAGACUUUCUGUCAGUCAUUUGACAUUCACUCCAUUGAGCCUGUCCUUUUUGGUUCCUGUUGUUUUUGGCAAUUCUCAUGUAGUUCAUGAUCCAGCACUUGCUAAAUGAACUUUAAUUCCAUUCAGCCUCAGCUUUUGUUUGUGCUAAGCACUUAUAAGCAGAUGUUUGCAUGCCCAAAGCUUGAGGCAAUUGAUAAGCAUUAGCUGGUGAACCACUUUAGCAUUGCUAGCCUUCGCUUUGAAAGGAACAUUACUAAGCACGACUCAUAUUACAGAGAAAUUCAGGGAUUUGAAGCACUUGCUUCAUUGUAUUUUCUUUACUUGAAUACUGUCUUUGGAUGUGUCAGCACCUGGCCUCCAUACUUGAUAAGAAAGAAGAAUUCAAGAUAAAUCUAACAACGACUGAACGUUAGCUAGCAUGUAACUAGCUAACAACAGCAGCUCUGGACGCAAUAUAUAUAUUUUUUUGUAGGACGGUAGGGGAAAGUCCCGCCUCCUUCACCUCUGAUUGGCUAGAAAAGCUGGAAACAUCAUCACACACUCAAGCCAAACAUGGGCUGUCGGCUCUGUACAUCGAACAGAACAUUAUCACACUUCUGUAUCUCCUAACCCUAACCCUCAUCCUAUUCCUAACCUUUACCCUAGCCCUAACCUUAACCCGACAGACGAUGACAUUUCACAGCCAUUUGGAAUAACCAAUCAGAGCCCAGCACUUCUAGCCAAUCAGAGGUGAAGGAGAGCAGGACCUUCCCCUACCGUCCUACAAAAAAAAAAAUGCCAACAGCAGCUCUGGACAAAGGCAUCAGGCUUUCGCUGGCUAGCUAGCCAUCCACAGAGCCAAUUUUUCUAAUUUCCUUAACUUAAACGUGGCCUUAAUAUUUUCUACCAUCCAAAUCACGUCAACAUGCUGUUAUCAAAGUUUCCUAUUCUGCCUGUGAUUAUUGAUGCUGUCUUUGCAGUUAUUGUUUGACUGAAUACGAUAAAAUUUGUACCUGAGAUGUUUUUAAUAUUAAAAGGAUUCGUAAAUUAUUCACACUGCAAUAGUAGAGUGUUUUAUUGUUAAAAUAACAUUGAUAACACAGUCAUAUUCUGCUCCGAUUCAGGCUGCAUGUCAAAAGUCUUACUGGGUCAGCCGUCAAUGGGUCAAAGUGAACAAAAGGUUAAAAAAUGCAAUUACAAAAACAAUAUAUUUUCCAUCAUAAAUAAAUAAAUUUCAGAUACUACAUUGCAAUAAGGGAAACGACUGCCACGUGGGAUAACACCAAUAGGAAGUUAUAAAAAACGUUAAAAAAGACAAAAUUUUGAAGGAAACAAAAAUACACUUGACUGACAUGAUGUGGCAGACGGGGUGUUCUUAGAAGCCACCGAUUCCCAAGAUUUAGAUGAAAAGUGUUUUCCACUGUAUUCAGAAGACUGAGAAUCGAGACAUUACGCCAUUAUGAUGUACCGUAUACAGUUCACAGGCAGAUAUGAUCCUUUUUCGGUGUCAGAUCCCAAAUUUUUCAAGACAUGCUGAAUUUCCUUGAUGGCAGAAAUGGAGCAUCCAGAACAAUGACAGGGAGGCUGUCAGUAACAGUAAAACAAAACAAAAAAAAGUGAACAGCACUAAAGAUGGUGGGAAUAAAAGAGCUCCCACAAUGAGAACAAAAUAAUGUGACUUCGUAGGGAAUGACCUGUUGUCGCAGGUUAUCCAGUGUUUUCUAGAGGCUAAUAAGCACUGUGUCUAGCCUAUUUCACCAACGGAGGGACUUUCCUAAGAUCUACAUACCUUGAGAUGCCAUAACACAGAAACACAAGGCUACAGAGAACAGCAAAGACCUAAACUCCCUAAAGCACCGCAGACCUACACUGACUAAGACUACUGACAGGAGAUACUAACACGUGCACUGCUAUAAAAGAUGCACCUGUGUGAAAUGCUACCACACAAUGGCACUGUAAGCUCUGUAAGGCCACCAUACUCCUUGACCUGGCUCUGAUGGAGUCAAAGGUUGUUGUUUUGUGAAGCAGUGUACGGUUUGAUGGUUUAUGGCUACAUCAACUCAAGGUUUAUACACUCAGGAUGUGAGAAUACAUUGUUUUCUACAGUUUAGGUAUUGUGAGUUUGCAGAAAAAAGAAUCCAGUAGAAACUAACAGAAGGCUGACUGAGUGUUGACUUAUAAACAGGUAGUGGGGACAUUUAAGUAAAAACUGUACCAAAACAUAGAUGAAAAGCUUUAGCUAAUGGGCUUGCAACAGAAAAACUUGAGUUUUGAGCUCCUUGGAGCUUUCAGCCCCAAUGCUGAUUCUGCCCCAUACUUGUGUUUUGAGUUCAACACUGAAUGUCUAAAUGCUCAGUAGCUCUUUCAACAGAUCUAUUUAAAAUAAGGUACUAAAGAUAAAUGCUAAGACUCAAGACCGCUUUGUGUGUUAUAUAUUUAAGGCUUAAAAUAAAAGAACACAGUCCAAAUCCAUGUCCUAGCUUCUGUGUUGUCCUAGGCUAACAUUAAGGUACAUUCAUUUUAGUUUGAACAGAAAAUUCCUACAAAAAAAAAAAAAAAAAGUUCAACAGAAGUUCCCCUGCAUUAAUGCAAGGGCAAAUUUAUCAUCAUGAUAGUCACUGUAAUGAACCAUUUCCGUACAACCAAAGUCUACACACUGCACAGUAUUGACUUGCAAUAUAAACAAUGCUAAUGACAGCUAUUUACAAAAUAUCAACAUGUUCAGUUUAUAGUAUGACACAUAGUAUUCUUUCAACAGGGGAUGCUACAAUGUCUAUCAAAUCUCUAAAGACUAAAAUAUGCUCCAAAAGCCUAAAGUUCUGUUAAAGGUACGCUUUGAAGAAUUCAUAUUUUACAAAUAUUAACACAGCGCUCUGCAGCUGCUGUUACGUUUUGUUGCGGUUUGAAGUUUUCCAGUUUUGUGCACUAGAAAAAGGGGGACUGAGCUGAAGGACAGGAAGUAAACUCAUGUUGUAACAGCAACUCAAAUUUUGGUUUGGGGCAGCAGUAGCUCAGGAGGUAGAGCAGUCGUCCAACAAGGGGAAGGUUGGCGGUUCGAUUCCGCCCUAUCCCUACUCUGUCUGUUGUGCCCUUAGGCAAGACACUUAACCCAGCUUGCUCCCAGUGUGUGUCCUCCACUGGUGUAUGAUUGUGAGUGAAGUUUGGUGGUGGUUGGAGAGGCUGUUGGCGCAGAUUGGCCGCCAUGUUUCCGUCAGUGUGCCCCAGGGCAGCUUUGACUACCAAGGUAGUCUACCUCCACCGGGGUGUGACUGCGUGUGUGAAUGAAUGAUGGUGCUAUAUUAAAUCUGAUGUAUUAUUAUUAUUAAGUCAGCUGAUUCACAGAAAUGUGUCAUUUGAUGAUUCACCUCAAAGCACUUCUUAAAUUACAUUUUCCGCCUGAACUCAUAGGAAGUUAACUGAACAGCAUAGAAAGGUCUUGAUAUGGCAGGAGAGGCUGCCCUCCCCCACCCUGGUCCCCUACAUGUUCUAAGGUCUGUUCCCGAUGUGCUGAUGCUCCUGCUGAAGAAACCAGGGAUAUUCAGCAUUACGACUAUUUGUUACUCUGAAUUUGUAAUCAUAUGAAAGUGUGAGCUGAUGUGUGUGUGUUUUUGUGUCAAGUUUAAUGAGACCAUUGGGAAUGGGAAUUCAGUUUCACUUAUGAUUGGGAGAAUGAUUGGGGCAUUUUUCAGUGGCUGAUUUUGCAGCAAAACCAAAAAUAUUUCUGAGUUUAAACUUUUGUGUUCAGGAUUAAAACUGAUUUGCAGCUCCUGAAUAAGUUUAUUAUUAUAUUUUUAAAAUAUUGAGAUUUCAUGUCUGUACUUCUUAAUCUCAGCCUUUCUGUCGUCAAAUGUGCGAGAAAUCUCAAAACAUGACAAAGCAUUUAAUCAUCAAUCAGUAGUUUGUUGGUUUCUGUGAGAUACUAUAACAGAAUUUUUUAACCAUGUAAACAUUUAACUGUUCCCAUCCCUAAUGUACAUUGGUAGCCAUCUUGGACAGAGCUGUGUGUGAAACUGCCUCCACAGGACCUUACUGUCCUGUCACUUCGAUAACAUCGUCAUCCGAGCUACUGCCGCCAUUCUCUGUGCUCUGAUGUCUGUCCGACUGGGUCAGAGCCGCCCCCAACAGGCUGGAGGUCGGAUUGUUGAAAUGGGAAAGGAAUCUUGAUGGGGUAGAGCUAGAGUUGGGCGUCUGGAAUCCCCCUGACCCAGAGAGGAGAGAGGGGGGAAACACCCUGGGCUCAGGGAGCAGAGACUGACUGUAGUUGAGAGGGAAGCCUGGUGAAAGCAGGCCCGCCAUAUUGGGGUUCAUCAAGUACGGAGGCAAAGAACCAGACACCAAGGAGGAAGAAGUUGCUGCUGAUGGGGAUGAAGACAUAGGUAUAGUGGUGGACGCAGAGGAGAAAACAGUGGGCAGGGAGGAGGAGGAGGGGUUAGGGAGGUGUCCGUUUCCUGUGGUGGACUGUCUGAGCAGGUCUGACCCUGCAGAGGGGAACAUGGUUUGUAAGUCUGCCAGUGUUUGUCCUGGUGUCUGAAGGAAUGAUGAGCCACUGCUGCCACCCAUCAGGAGAGGAUGACCCAUGUGCCCUAAGUUCCCCAGUAAGGAGGAAGAGUUCAGACCAACAGGAGGGAAACUGAGCCCGCUGGACCCCAUGGCCAGUCCAGGGAAACGUGUUGCAGCAGAAACACGUUUUCCUCCUGUUAGCGUGUUCCCCUGGCUGUCUGUACUCCUGCGUUUGCUGCCACGCAUGUCUAAAGCUGAGCUCAGGAGGUCGUCGCCUAGCUGCCUGUUGACGUCACCAGUCUGACUGUUUUGGGAACUGCCUCUAUCUCCCGCCGGCGCAGCUGACACGUCUGAAGGUGACGACAAUUCAUUCCUGAUGCUAGUGAUGUCACCUGUGGAUGAAGUGUAGCGGCUGAUCUCUCGGAGGAUCUCGGAGCUCAGGGGAGAGGAGGACCGCUGCUCCCCGUUGGGUGAAAGCUGCUGUUGAUCCACAGGAGAGGAACACCCAUUGCUGACAGGAUGCAUGAGGGAGCUCGUGUCUGUGGAAAAGGGGACGCAAUCAUGAAAUGUCAGCUCGAUGGCUCUGCAUUGGAACAGUUUACUUUGAAACGUGCCUUUAAAAGGUGCAAUCAAUAAAGUAGCUUCACGUGCAUGUGACCUUAAAAUCAAAGUGAAUAAUUUUAGGAGGGUUCCUUAAUGUGCUUCAUACUAGAAAACAUUUAAAAAUAGCUUUAUGGGUAUUCGAUACUGGAAUGGCACAACCAUUAAAUUUGAGAUUAAUCUUAGACUGAUUACUUAAGAAGGACAGAGCUGUAAGAGUUGAGGCAUCUUGAGGCUUAUUCCUUAUAACAUCUCAGGGCUCCAAAUCAGUCAUUUCACUGUGCAACUUGAUCAGAAAAGGUUUAUUACAACAAUCCACCUCCUUGGUACCCUCAUCUACACACUUGUAGUUUUUAAAUACAGGUUUUAGUAACAAAUCUCCUUUCUGACACCUCUUGAAUAGUUUUACAGGAUUUUCAGAUCAAAAAAGCCUCAAAUUUCCUCUCAGUUGUGUAUCAAAUAUCAUUAUUUCAGCCUCUGUCUGAAAUGCUUUGUUUUCGGCUGCUGUCCCAUAAAGCCCCUCCCUCUACAAGCCUACUUUUCUCUGAUUGGCCACCUCUCCACAGGCUUUCUGGGCGCUCCUUGUUUUGGCCAUGCUCUCUCUAUUGUGGUUGAUAAGUUUUGCAGUUUAUCAACGGAGCAGUGUUAUCCUCAUAUACAUCAUAUAUGUGUAAAUAUCUCUGUGUAUAUCAUGUCUGUGGUUACCCCGCUCCACUGUGGGUGUCACCUCACAAUGCUGGAGGCAGGCCGUUCCGCUUUGAACGGAAGCACAUGAACCAGUAAGAAGAGUCUAUAAUUCUUGUGUCAGAAUCUAGUAAAUCUCGCACAUAAACUACGGUCUCGCAUUCUCGCGCAUUUGUCCAAGAUUUGAGCAGUUUACAUCUACUUUCUCAGAUUAUGACAACAUACGCUUACCUUGUGAUUUGAAUACUUUGCACAUGUGUAGUAUGGACACCAAACUUUGUAACUUUGAAGUUUUUGUUGUAAACGUGAGAAAGCGUGAUGAAGCAGGAACUCGUGGUAAAAAACAUAUGAGCUCGUACCUCUUGAUGUUGCAGAGCCUCCAACUGUUGGUCUGCUGAUUUUUCCAGAUCUAAUGGCAAAUAUUCUUCCAUCAUUGGUCCUAAUGUAGGUACCUGUGUCAGAGAAAGCAUAAAGUGAUGGAAGCAGCCAUUUAAAGGCUUUUUAUUCUAGACAGCAAUUAUUGUGUUGUUGAUACCUUUAGAUCCUCUGAUAACGUGGAUACUCUCUCCUGCACUGAUUCGAGCUUGAACAUCCGUUGAGCUGUUAGCGCCUGGGAUUACAAUAUCUGUGGAUGCAGAUUAAAUAGUUAGAGAUAAAAUUAAUUUCCUGUUAAAUCAUAACAUCAGUCAUUGAAUGCACCAAAUGUGGGUGGUUGGGAACUUUCAAUAAAUCAAGUGUGUAAGAUUUGACGUUACCCGUGGUGGUGACGAUUCUCUGCACAUAAACUCCUGCUUUCUGCAGGAAGUUGACUGGCAGGCUGCCUGCAGAGCUGGAGCCAGCCAGACCCAUGCCAACCUGGCGAGGCAUCAUGGGUAUUGGAGUUGACUGGAUCGGCCUGACACUUGCAACAGGCUUGUCAUCAGGCCGCACCAUGGGACGCCUGAAAAAUAAAAGCUGAACUCAUGACAUGCUCACACACAUACUCUCAGCAUUUGUGUUUAUAUUCACCAUAGAAGAGACACUGCGAAACCACAGUCCAUAUGAGCCAAAACAUUUGAUGGUUACUUUGAUUUUUUUGGAAAGGCAUGAGGGAAUAUCAGGAAACAACUACCCAUAACAGUAGAUACCCGUAAAGAACGCAAACUAACACAUGCAGUGUGAAACCCACCAGCCACGCUGGUUAAACGCUGGUAUAUUUGAGAGCAUCUGAUCACUGGUUGGGUAAUAGGGGGCAUAAGAUGGGCGAGAGUAGGGCACAGACGCUCGUUUCUCGUCCUCAUAGCUCUUCUUGGCUGCUCUCUUCUCUGCCUUGGUCAGUUUGGACUCCUUACGGUCAACCAGUAAAGACUCGUGAUGGAACGGUUGCUUAUGACACAAACGGAGAAGAGAUUUUGUUAGCAGCAAUUACACUGAAUUGGGUUUGAAUAAGUUAACAAAACUCUUUUCAUCAAACAUCAAAUCAGAAAAAUGAGGAAAGGUAUGAUGAUAUAUGUUACACAAGCAGCUGUACCUUGGUGAUAAGGUUUGGGUAACGCUGACAGGCUUGGUGUAUGACUGUUUCAAAGUCUUCAGAGGGCAUUACUGAGGAUUUUUCAGGUUCUUCUUCCACAUAAUGCAGCAGCGACUCCACCUCUUUGCGAGUGAAGUUCAGCACUGGAUUUAGGUCGUCAACCACACGGUCUGUAAACACACACAUCAUCCUCAGGCUGGGUAACAUUAGUGCAAACGCAGGUAACUGCCCACAUCAGGUCUGCUUAAGUUUGACAGCUAUGAGAAUAACAAAAGGGACGAGAAAAAGCAAAAAUGCCCCAAAAAUGCUUCAUCGAACAAACAGAUGGUCCAUGCAAGAAUCUCUUACCAGACAUUCCCUGUUUGGACACUUGUCGGUCAUAGAUCUUUUUCUCCAAGGUGAAAUCACAAACAAGCCGGUAAAUGAAGCAGGGUUUCCUCUGACCAUAACGGUACACCCUGCACACUGCUUGAGCAUCAUGACACGGGUUCCAGGAGGCAUCGAACACGACGACACGGUUAGCCCCGAUGAGGUUCACCCCCAGACAGCCAGCUCUGAUAGAAACACAGAAAAAUACUGCUUUCAUUUCUGCCAGUCUUCAGGUGAUUUGAAACAUGCGUUUUUAUUGCAGAGCAGAACUACACACCUGGUGGAGAGCAGGAAGACCCAUGUUGCACUGUUCUCCGGGUCAUUAAACUGAUUGAUGAGCCGCUCUCUUUCUGAAGCAGAUGUACUCCCAUCCAGUCCUUCAAACAGACAAGGAUGAAAUCGAAACACUUACUUAUCAAAGCACAACACAGAGAUCAUUAUAAUUCAGCCCCACUCCCCAAAUAAGUUGGAAUGAUAACUAAAAAUGAUGAUUAAAAACAGAAUUUGGUACUCUUAGAAUCAUUCAAGCCUCAUAUUUAAUAGAAAAAGGGUGUCGAGACAACACAUCAAAUGUUAAAAGAGAAAAAAAGAUUACUUUUUUGUGAAAUAUACACAUUUUAAAAAUUUGAUACUCUUUUUUUAAAAGUUGGAACAGGGACAAAAAACAUGAAAUAAGUUGUGUAAGAACAUCUGAGGGAACAUCUCCCAACUAAUUCAGUACAGGUUACUGACGUGACUGAGUAAAAUACUGAAUAUCGAGCUGAGUCACCUCUCUUGUCAAGACUAUGUGAACAAAUAUUUCAACAACUUUCAAAAUAAUGUUCCUCUGUGUUAAACUGAAUCUUAAAAGACUCAGAGAAUCUGGAGAAAUCUGUCACAGAGAAAUAAGCUGACCAUCUAUUCUGACUGGAUUGUGAUCUUCUGGCCCAUAGGUGGCACUGCAUGAAAAAAAAAACUCUAACUCUGUAGAGGAAAUCACUGCAUGGGCUCAAAAUCACUUCUAAAAUUCACUGUCUAUAAAAGGGGAAAAACAUUGACAUGACCCAGAGACACCUGCAGCUUCUCUGGGUCUGAGCCCGUUUAAGGUGGACUCAUGUGAAGUGGAAAACUGUCCUGUUGUGCAUGUGCAUCUUUAAGAGAGUGAGUGAGAGUGUAUCACAGCAGCACAGCUCCAUGGUAAAAGAAUCCAGGAGCGAAGCUGGCUUUCCCGCAGUGCUGUCUAGUCACCCACUGAAAACGUUUGGCUUAUCGUGAAAUAAAAAAUAAAAUAGCGACCUUGUGCUGUUGAGUAUUUGAAGUGAACAAAAUGUCCUAAUCAAAACUUCAGAAACUGGCGUCCUUGUUUUUUUUUAAAUGUUUACAGAGUCGUUAAAAGAAGAGGCGAUGCAACACUGUGGUAAACACAUCCCUGCCUCAGCUGUUCUGAAACAUCUAAAAGCAGUAUCCUUUUUAUUUUCAACAUUUAAUUAGUUGUCCUUGCACUAUUUUCAAUUAUAUAUUGGGUUUAAAUGAUUUGCAAACCAUUAAAUUCUGUUUUAGUUCACAUUUUACACAGAAACCUAACUCUCUGGAAUAGUAUAUUCCAAUCAAUAAUAUCGAUUCAACUUAGAGGCUCCUAAUCAUGAACACUGCAUUCUUGAAGGAGAAUGAUUGAUCACAUAAAACCAUCUGUUAAAUGAAUCCGGGAAUCUAUAACAUCCCUUGGGCAGAUGCAGUACUUACAGCAUACAUGAAAACAAAAGUUUUAAAUAUCGUUCACAAAUUGCAAAUAGAUCUUUCCCUAACUUGUUCACAGGGCACAGCUGGGACUUACCCCUAAAAGAGAUCAAAUACGAAAGUUUGAGAAAUUACACUUUAGAGAAAAAUCAAUACAUCCUAUCACAGCGUUGAGUUUUUAGUGUGAUGACCGUUCUCCCUGCAGAGGUGCAGGGUUGGGAGGAGGAGGAGAGCACAGAUUGCAUGACUCACUGUAGUAAUUGAGGUUGCGAACCCAGUUUUGGCUCUGAGCUUCGGAUGAGGCGAUUCCUGGAGGCAUGGGUCUCUUUGAUAAGAAGUCCUCAAUGACUGACAGCGUGGACAAGCUUUGGCUGAAGGGUAACCAGGACAAACAGGUUAGAACAAGUGAAGGAAAUGUUUUUACUUCGGUACCAAACAAAUAAGCCUCCUCAGAGUAAAAAAAAGACUGCAUUUU